AUGCCCACUCUCCUGGUACUCGCAGCCCUAUUCCUCACCAUCUCCACUCCGUCAUCGCCCCAGUCCCACCUCCGCCUCCCUCCCAUCCCUCAGCCCAAUCUGCUCUACCAGGUCAACCCUCACCUCAGCCCGCAUCCACACCAGUUUGGUUAA